CUCUGCCGAUGGGAGGCUUUUACCUUCAGUUUCUCGGUAACAAUCAAGCAAACAAUGUUUCGAACAGCAGUACGGCGGUUCGCUGCUACGCCAUGGCGUGCAGCUGGCAGCGUUCCCGAGCUCACCAUCCCGCAAAUUGAAGAAGCGAAUGCAUGGGGCAUACAAGUCUCGAAAGCGCAAGCGAUUGCAAAACGAGGUUUGGUCGAUGCCAUUGGGAAGACUCCUCUUAUUCGUCUGAACAAACUCUCUGAAGAGACGGGCUGCGAGAUCCUCGGGAAAGCUGAGUUCCAAAAUCCAGGAGGUUCGGUCAAAGAUCGCGCAGCUCUAUACAUUGUGGAAAACGCCGAGAAGUUGGGUCAAUUGCGUCCCGGCGGGACCGUGGUCGAAGGCACCGCUGGCAACACGGGCAUAGGACUUGCCCAUGUCUGCAGGGCGAAAGGCUAUAAGCUUGUCAUCUAUAUGCCCAAUACACAAUCUCAAGGUAAGAUUGACCUGCUGAGAUUGUUAGGUGCAGAGGUACAUCCUGUACCCGCUGUUGCCUUUGACAACCCUGAAAACUACAACCAUCAAGCCAAGAGACAUGCCGACAGCUUGGACAAUGCGGUGUGGACCAACCAAUUCGACAAUAUUGCGAAUAGACAGGCACACAUAGAGACUACAGGACCUGAGAUAUGGGCGCAGACCGGCGGUAAGAUAGAUGCAUUCACGUGCUCCACAGGAACCGGUGGCUCUCUGGCUGGAAUAACUAGGUAUUUGAAGGAUAAGUCAAAUGGAAAGGUGAAGUCCUUCCUAGCAGACCCGCCCGGCUCAGUUCUACAUUCAUAUAUUCAAAGUGGGGGGAAACUGAUUGAGCGAACCGGCUCAUCUAUAACAGAGGGCAUUGGCCAAGGUCGCGUCACCGACAAUUUGCAGCCAGACAUUGGCCUUUUAGACGGCUCUUUAAACAUUAGCGAUGAAAAGACAAUUGAGAUGGUGUAUAGAUGCCUUGACGAAGAGGGACUGUACCUGGGCGCAAGCUCCUGUCUCAAUGUUGUCGCUGCAAAGGAGGUGGCUGAAAAACUUGGAAAGGGCCAUACUGUUGUGACACUGCUAUGUGAUGGAGCCUACCGAUACGCCGAUAGGCUCUUUUCAAAGAAGUGGCUCACAGAAAAGAAACUCAUUCACGCAAUUCCCGAGCACCUUCAAAAGUACAUCGUUUUGGCAUAGACGGCAAACGUGAACUUUCCCUGGCUUCGGGCGACAGCAUUUCCGGCGUUGUAAAAACCGAUUGGAGUCAAGUCACUCAGGCCUUCGCCUAGAAUCCGAGAACCUGUAUAUAGGAAUAGGAAAUUUUUACCAGAGUUUCUUUCAUCCUUGAAUGGCAACGAUCUUCCCAUACGAACGAGUAACAUGGUAAUCACAAUACACCGUUGUAGACUCAUCCUUUUUUGGUAGAAUGGCAUAUUCGACUAUGCUAUCGAUUGGACAGGAUAUGGAACUAAUUGACUUAAAGAAAAUUGAGCGAACCUAAGGAACGUCUUUCAUUUUUCCAAAAAA